GGGAGGAGGGAGGCUGCGGAGAGCGCGCGGAGCGGAGCGCAGAAGCGCAGCGCGGCAGCCGAGCCACCCACCGACGGGCGCAGCGGGAGCGAGCGGAGCCGGGAGGCGCGCUCCGGGCAGAGAGAGCCGAGCCGGCCGGGCGCCCUCCCCAGUCCCUGUUCCCGCGCCCUGCGCCCCUCCGGCCAGCAUGAGGCUCCUGUCGGCUGCGCUGCUCCUGCUGCUCCUGGCGCUGUGCGCCGCACGCGUGGACGGGUCCAAAUGCAAGUGCUCGCGAAAGGGACCCAAGAUUCGCUACAGCGACGUGAAGAAGCUGGAAAUGAAGCCAAAGUACCCGCACUGCGAGGAGAAGAUGGUUAUCAUCACCACUAAGAGCGUGUCCAGGUACCGGGGUCAGGAGCACUGCCUGCACCCCAAGCUGCAGAGCACCAAGCGGUUCAUCAAAUGGUACAACGCCUGGAACGAGAAGCGCAGGGUCUACGAAGAGUAGGGUGAAAAAUCCCACAUGGGAAAACUUCAUACCAGCUGGGAGAGGAGCAAAGGACUCUGCAGAUAAAAAAACAAACAAACAAACAAACAAACCUUUUCUUUCUCACAGGCAUAAGACACAAAUUAUAUAUUGUUACAAAGCACUUUUUACCAAGGGUCAGUUUUUACAUUUUAUAGCUGUGUGCGGAAGGCUUCCAGAUGUGAGACCCUUCUCUCGUGCUCCAGACUUUAUCACACACUGCUUUUUACCGAAAAGGGGGAAACUUAUGCCUUUCCUUUGUAAAAAAAAAAAAAAAAAAAAAAAAGCUUUUUUUGUAUUUGUCCAGA